GCUUCAAAUUCUGUUCAUGUUGUUUAAGUUGAUGAAGAUUGCAACAUUUUAUUUUUUUCUCUCUUUUGGGUUUUUGAUCUGAGCUUCAACUCCAUUUAUGUACACUGCUUGCAAUGCAUGUGAUUAUAUCCUUUCAUCUCAGCCUUUUCCAUCUUCUGAUCAACUUGCUUGUACGGAUGCCAAUUUAAACUUUGCAAUAUUAUAAACAUGAUUAACCUGGAUUAUGGAAACCCCUUCUCUUAAAACAGUGUUAGAAGAGUAACUUUUUCCUUGGAAGUGGGUACGUAUUUGUGUAGAAAAUUUAUAUAUUCUUCGAAGGGGCCUCAUGCUAAUUGUAACAAGUAGUCAUACAGUGCUAAUUAUAUAUUCUUUGCAAUUUACAGUUUAGACGGUUCAUUAAGUAGUCAUUAAUUCCUGCUUGAUGUUUAUGAAUUAUGGUUAUUGGAUCUGAAACUGCAAAAUUGACCUUUUUGUUGUUAUAUAUAUUUUUCACUAUCGCAUAGUUCGAUUGGGAUUACCAAAGUUUCUAUUACUAGCCAUAUGCCAGGGAACCCUUUCAAGCAUCAAUUUGUAAUUUAGUGCUUUUGUUUGCAGAGAGUGAUCCUUAAGCAGCCACUGCGUAAAGUAGAGCUUGGCAUUUGAUCUUUCUUGCUUAGUUUGUACUAUAGUCAUAUUUCUAAGUUUUUUCUUUUGUACAUGUGUCUGUGUUAGCAAGAAGGUGUUGAGAUUUGGAAGCGAGAAAUGUGUUUCCUUGUUGCCGUAUGGAAAUGGUUUCUUGGCAUGGAAGAUGAUGAUGGAGAUAGGGAAAUCAGUUAUGGGGGGCAGAGGUCAUCUUAUGAAAGUACUAUCAGGCCGCAUACCUCCUCGCAGUAUGCCUACCAUGUUCUUGACGGAGGUUGUAAGUUUGAGACAUCUUCAAGGCUCAACUCCGCACAAAAAACAAGUAGCUAUAGGGCUGACAGUAUAUUUUUUUUGUAUCCUGGUUUAACAAAGUCGGUAAAUGCUGCUGCUUCCAAUCUGAUUCAAUCUUCUACUACGCUUCCGUUUCCUUCUCAGACUCCCACUUCAUUCUCACCUACCAAUGAGAGUGGGAAAUCUGCUUCAGCAGGAAAAACAAAAAAUCCAUUUUCUUCUUCUCCACCCUUAAAAAAUCCUCCAUCUCCAAAAGGAGCAAAACCCCCUCCCGUUUCCACUAAGCGGACCAUCUCUCUGGAAGCUUCAAGCUCUUCAAGUCCAAAGAGCAAAAAUACAUACGUUUGGAUAGAGAAGGAUGCAUCGUCUACCUAUGUGUUUCCGAAGGAGAUCAAAAGCUUGAUUGAGAGAGACAUUGUACCGGGAUUCCUCAAGAUGCCCUUGUCUAAGUCAUCUUACAAAGAUUACUUCCAUGCUCUUCUGUACGCCGAGGACUGUUACCUUGAGAAGUGGGAUGGGUUCGAGAUGAAGAACAUGAAGGUGGAGUUGCAUGAGGCAGCAAUUUAUGCAAGGAAGGGAAAACAGAGAAACAUAAACAAAGAUGAUGAUAGUGAUGAAAAACUAUUUGUUGCAUUUGAACUCGACAAGAUACGGGAAAGGAGGCCAUUCUUGAUAUCUAGAGAUUUUGUUUCCCUGCAACCUUUAAACUGGAAAGGGAAGACAUUUCAGGGUGUUAUUUAUCGCGUUGUGAAGAGCAAUCUUGUGCUGGCAGAAUUUGGAGAGGACUUUUACUGUUUCCAUCAUCUUGACAACAAAUAUGAUGUCAAAUUCUCCUUUAAUAGAGUUUGUUUAAAGCGGGCUCACCAGGCAAUUGGAGCUGCAUCAAAAUCUAUAUUCGGAGGCCUCCUAUUCCCUAACCCAACACCAAACCGAGAGCUUCCUUUUGCAGAAACUUUUCCUAGAUACAAACCUCAGCAAGAGGUCUUGGCUAUUCGCCAAAUUUUAAGGCUUCGGGGAGCACCUCCUUAUUUAGUGGAAGGACCGCUUGUGACAAAAGGCGAUGGCUUAUCAAAAACCGGAGUGCUCGCUGUUGAGGCGAUACUUCAGAUUUUACGGGCUGAUCCAUCGAAGAGAAUCCUUGUAUGUUCCCCCGUGAACAAAACUUGUGAUCUCCUGAUGAUAGGCCUGAAGAAGAAAGGUAUAUCGGAGUCUGAUAUGUUCAGGGCUAAUGCUGCAUUUCGAGAGGUAGAUGGUGUUCCAUUGGAUAUACUUCCCUCUUGUCUUUACGAAGAUGACGCAGGGUGCUUUACCUGUCCUUCACUUAAAGAGCUUAAGAAGUAUAAGGUGAUUUUGACUACUUUCAUGAGCAGCUACCGCCUAUACGGCGAAGGAAUAACAGCUGGCCACUUCAGUCACAUCUUUCUGGCAGAUGCCUCAUCUUCAACUGAACCAGAAGCAAUGGUCCCUCUUGCUAACUUCAUCACCAACGAAACCAAUGUUGUCGUGACUGGUGCACCAAGAAACCAUUCGGGUUGGAUUCGCUCCAAGAUUGCAAGGGAGAAUGGACUGAUGACUUCUUACUUUGAGAGGCUUCGAGACAUCAGCAUGUACAAGGAGCUUGAUCCAAAGUAUAUAGUGCAACUGGAAGACGCCGAAACGAAAGAUAGAAAUGAUAUAUGGUGAGCAAUAUUUGAUGGUUUGUGGUUCUUCUGUAACAUUAAUGUUAACCAAAAAACAUCGCUGUAAAAAAAAAUUUCCAACUGUUGUGUGUAAUAUGCACUGCCUUCUGCAUUUCCAUAUUUCCUUUCCAUGUGUAUAUGAGUAUAUCUAUCUUUCAAGCUUGGUUUGAAUGAAAUGCACCUAUGGAUCAACACAAAGCCAAUAUUGCUUUAAUCUGUG